UGCGGAGCACGUGCAGUAUUUGACAAUGGUUUUCUUUAAGUUGCUUUUCUGGUGUAACGCCAUAGCGGGUAUCAUCGCGAACUGGGAUGAUCGCGACUAUCAUGAUGACUGGGAUGAUGUGGUUGUCGACCUACCCUAUGACUGGGAGAUGCGCAUGGACCCGGCCACGAUGCAAACACAUUUAGCAAACACGAGUUCAGGCGCAUUUCUGCAAGACGACAUCAUGUAUGCGGAUGACUUUGGCAAUCAAAGCAACAGAGAUAUCAUUGCGCAAGUUAGCCGGCUCAGGCUGUGGCCCAACGGAAAAGUUCCUUUCCAAAUAAGCAAAUUAUUUGCUGCUCAAGAUCAGUUUAUUAUUCAACAUUCUAUCUCGCUGAUCGAGGCAAAAACGUUCAGAUGCGUGACGUUCACAAAAAGAACAGACGAACAGGACUACAUCAUGUUCCGACCGAGCAACAAUUGCUCCUCUUUCGUGGGAUUUCAUGGCGGAGCGCAGGCUAUAUUCUUAGAUCCCCGACGCUGUAUCCAGAUAGGAAGAGUGCAGCACGAGAUCCUGCAUGCACUGGGCCUCUAUCACGAGCACAGUAGACCGGACCGCAAUACCAGCAUAAUACUCUAUGAAGACCAAAUACAGGAAGGUCAUGAAGCAGACUUUCGAAUUAUUCCCAACAUGCCGACAUUUGGAACGGCCUACGACCUGGAAUCGCUCAUGCAUUAUGGGCCAUAUGAUUUCGCCAAAACCGACCACGAGGUCAUGAUCCCUAAAUAUUCCGGGAAAUCCUAUCGCAUGGGCCAACGGCUGGGAUUAAGUGUGCGCGAUGCGGCCAAGUUACGCACCGCCUACCGAUGCCAAAUUGAGCAGGAGGACGGCAUGGACCAGCCGGUUUCCCCUUUGCCCACAUUCUCUGGCGAAGCUAUGAGUCCAGAACAGUGUGCUGUGCAGUUCUCCGACAACUGCAGGCCGAAAAUUGGCAGUCGAGAUAACUGCUCUUUUAUCCUGUCGCUGGAAGUUCGAUGCCGCGGUAAUGCCAGUGCAGAAGAAAUCCACGUCGUGGCCACUGCUAUGGCGGCACCGCCGCUCCGUGCUAUCCGGGUGGCAUUGGUCGAAGACCAGAUCGAAGCGUUAGCGCUCGCUCCGGUGGCGGAGCAGGUUGUAGUUCUUCUUAUGAUGUACUGCUCGGCUCGCGAUCCCACAUCGAAACUUCCGGGGCUGGCGUUUACGAAUUUGCUGGAAUUCGUCCUGGACAGCUGCUCUAAUGUGGUAAUAAAACGGAGUGAUUUUCAAAUCUCACUGAAGCUGAGAUCCAUUAUUUUUUCCAACGUGACAAUUGUCUAUCUGGAAGACGGUACUUUCAACAAUUUACCAGAUCUCCAGAUCGUGGCGUGGCAUAAGGAUCUUCCACAUACUUUCGGCAAAAGUAACCACGAAGGACGCCGGUUCGUCCUUAACUCUUAUCAAGAGUACGAUUCCGGCCUUGAAAUGCAAGGAUUCUUAAAACGAUUACACUGUGAUUGUCAGUUCGCAUGGUUGAGAAAAUGGCUAGCGCAGAAUACGGCACUUAAGCGUUCAGUAAAGCCCGGAGAGGUUUACAUGUUGGCUGGUUAUAUGGGCAGCUUCGGACUACAGGCCACUGACGUGUUUCUUCCUGUGGAUUGUGCUGCAGAACCAUUUCCCUGGAACCUCGACAUGAUUGAUCCUACCCAAACGGCAUUCUCCCGCAAUGAACCACGAUGUCAAAAAAAGCCAGCUAACGUUACAUACAACAAUUACAAGCUACUGCGAACGUUCUCUUCAGAUCCGAUCGAUGUGGAGCAGUGUUUCCUACAGUUCAGUAGGACCUGCGCACCGGAUGCAUCCAGAUUCCCUUCCGCUGACGAUCUGAUAGAAUACUGCCUGAUGAGCUACGUAGCGAACAUAACCGCUUUACAAAUUAACUGCGCUGGUCUCUCUACCACACUGCGAGAAGUGCAAGAUAUCGCCUUUUCUUUCGCGAAACCUCCCUUGCGAGCCGUCGAACUGCUGUUAACCGACGGAGGUCACGUCGUGUACCAUGCCUUCUCUCCGAUCCGAGCGCAGGUUCUCGUUCUUAGCUUGUUCGACUGCGUUGAAUCCCGCACAACCGAUAAAAUAUCGAGUCUGGGAUUUGGCAAUCUAAGGCGGCUGACGCUGACAGGUUGUCGGGACCUGGUCAUUGAGGCUGAGGAUUUUAUCACGGUUCCCCAUAUUCAGAUGCUGCUCCUAUCAAACUCCACGGUAACGGGAAUGACGGAGAUGACCUUUAGCCAACUAUUACAUCUGGAGGUACUUUCUGUGGAAUUCGAAAUGAACAGGAUGCGUGAUAAACUGUUGUUGGAUAAGCAAUUUGUUGAUUACGUACACAACCUCCACUGCAGCUGUCAGUUUGCUUCGUUCCGGAAAUGGCUACAGCAGCGCUUCAUUGAUAAAAUGAAACUCUGGCACGCCGAUGAGAUCUUUUUUAAAACCUGGACCGCACAGUCGGUAUGCCGAAACCGUGUUAUAUCCGACAACGGAGCGGUUAUAAUGCUGCAGGAUAACGAAGGAUUCUUCCGCGAGGAUUACCACAAGUGGAUCUGCUUGGCUAAAGAAGAUUUGUAUUUACCGGUGGACUGCGGCAUUGCAGAGUUCACUAACGCUUGGUUAUCUGCGGAUUACAGCAUAACCAAUUUUUCUGUCAACGAAACAACAUGCAAAAAAUCCAUUGUAACAGAAUGCCCAGGCUUAAAUUGCCUAUUCACGCCACGCCCACUGACAUCGAAGAGCGACAGAAAAUUCUAUGGCGCUUAUACGAAAGACUGGAUGAUCAACAUCAACCAGCAAGUGACAAGAGAGCGCAGAUCGGAAUUCACGACACUGGAUGAUACAGCGACAUUUCAUCAUUAUGACGACCAGGCGCUUAACAAUAAUUCGGCACUGCAGGAUGCAGGUCGUCUGCCCGAUAACGGUAUUUGGCCGCAGAACGGCAAAAACAUUCCAUACUCAAUUGACGCUAAUUUUGAUGCGGUUGAUCAAGCGGAAAUUCUCGAUGCACUCCAUGCGAUUGAGUCUCGCACCUUGCAAUGCUUAACCUUCAUCAGAAGAACGAACGAAGAUGACUGGAUUGCGUUUUUGAAAACAAAUAAGAAAAGGUGUCAGUCACAUGUGGGCAAGCAAGGUGGCCAGCAGAAUAUAACUUUAUCCUACGCCUGCGUCACCCGCGGGACUAUCCAACAUUUGGUUCUGCAUGCUCUCGGCCUCUUCCAUGAACACCACCGCCCGGAUCGCGAUGACUACGUGGACAUUUACUACAAUCACACUGACCUUCUCCCCACUGAUAUCAUGUUGCGCAGAUUCCCAAACAUGUCGACGUAUGGAACGGAUUAUGAUCUGGAGUCGAUCAUGCACUAUGGUGUGUACGAUCUGGCCGAUCCACGCCAUCCCAACCGACCGGUGUUCGUUCCCAAAAACCUACCAAAAGGGAAACGCGUCAAACUGGGCCAAAGGCGCUCGCUCAGCGCUAAGGACAUCGUCAAGCUGUGGACGGCGUAUAACUGUACCAUCCAGAAGGACCGGCCGUUGGGCGUCGAACCCGUUCCGGAUUUCCAACGCACUAGGCUGUCGUUAGCGCACUGUCAGACCUUGACAAAGCUGAAAUGCUGCAACAUAUCCGCGCUAAGCUGCAGCCAAUCAAAAACUAUCCGAUUGUUAUGCGACUUCGACACAACCAGUAGAGACUGGAAGGACGUUUCGACAACGAUAGCCACGUUUCCUUUACAUGCGAUCACCUUACAUUUAUUUGACAACCAUGAACUGCGGAGCGGCGGAAGCGCUACACGCACUUUUGAUCCGAUUCGGCGGCAAAUUGUUCUGCUGACGUUCAGCUUCUGUACGGGUGUGUACUCCGCAGCCCUUAUAUCGUUACUGCGUUUCGCUAAUCUGGUGAACUUCACGGUGAGGUUCUGCUACGAAGUGGUCAUAAGGAAAAUGGAUUUUAUUGGGCUGGAUCGGCUGGAAAUCGUGAUCUUCAGUUUCAGCACCAUACAGAGUUUAGAAUGGGACACCUUUAGCAUUUUACCGGCACUGAGAAUUCUCAGUCUGGAGAACAACAUAUACACCAAUAGGAGUAUGCGAAUACGGCAAAAUAACGUCAGUUAUAUGGGAGUGGAUCAGCGCGUUGCCUAUAUUCGGAGACUGCAUUGCAGCUGUGAUUUUGCCGCUUUUCGUUUAUGGAGAAAUGCCAAUAAGAAUCUACUGUUUAAUGUGCUUGAGGGAGAAAUUCAUUACAUUGACGGCGUUAUGCGAAACGAUGAAAUUGCCGCGCGAGAGAUUUUUUAUCCAGUUGACUGCCUUGCUGAUCCUUUUCCAACUGUGGAAAGCGCGUUUAACUAUUCUCAAACGAAUUAUUCCAUAAACGAACCACGGUGCGGUUUGCCCUCAGCCGUUGAGCGGCCCAACCAAACUGAAUCUACCAAAAUACCGAUUCAGAGACCGGAAACUGCUGGUCGGAACCACUCGAAUCCUUAUCAAGAUAGCGAGGAAUGGCCUCUCUUGUUCAAUACUUCCAUGCUUUCGCACCGGUUAUUCACGACACCGAGCCCGGAAAAAGACACUACAGCCGCCGCCAACCAGCAAGCUGACUCGGGCAAAUGGUUGUAUUCUUGCCUGGGUGUACUGGCCGUGCUGGUUUCCAUUCCCGUUAUAUAUUUUAUUUGGCGCUGGUCAAAAGAGCACCGUUCCAGUACCAAGAAUCCGGCCUCGACGAAUACUGAUCGUUAUUCUGCCGACAACGGAUAUCCUAUGGGAUCUCCAGCUGAAGCGGAUCAGUCCAUGGAACUAUCGGUUCGGAGUCGGGACGACAAAGAGGGUUCCAUAAGUUCAGCUUCCGACAUAGUCGAAGCUGCGCAACUGUUAGGUGUCGCACCGGCUGCUGACACUAGCUCCUUAGAGUCUGCAUCUGGUGUGGAUAAAAUGGCGAAUACAGAAAAUUAACCUUACGCUCAUUGGGAAAUAAGAGAGAAUUUUGCUAUCUACUCUGUACCAGGGGCAGCAGCUAUACUGGUGCAAGGCUGA